UGCUUGUCGGUGGGAGAGCUUCACAUUCUAGUCUUCUUGAUCAUCCCAAGGACACCCGUGGUCCCUUGGUUGGUCGAUUGACAAUGUGGCAGAUCUCUCCCCUCGCUCCGCCUUUCGUUCCUCGCGCACACGGUCAUCACCUCGGCCGUCAAGAGAACGACUCUGCUCGCCAGCUGUUGGAAACAAUAUUGGAGACAGCGGAAGGAGAGAUGCCUCAACAAGCGUACAAGGUCGAGGAACUGCUCGCCAUGCGGGACUCGGUGUCGGAGUCGGCCGUGUCGAUCGAGAAGUUCCCCAACGAGGACGCCAUCAAAGAGCACGUCCUCCGCGGUUCUGCAUCUGUCUCCUUCAUCGGCAGUCGCUCCGACGGCAACAGCGCGCACCUGUCGACCGCAAGCAAGCCCGCCGCCAUUGCCAACAACACCGCGGGAAAGAAGCCAUCGCCCUCGCCCUCAGUCAAGCGCGGCAAAGCAGAGGCACUCCUCAAGGAGCACGGCAGUCCGCCCGGUCUCCGUGUCACGGCUGGUGGACGCAUCGUUCCCAGCGACCUUCCUCCCCUCGGCGGACCGCGCUACCCGUACGGCAGCUUCAAGGGCCAGAGCUCGACUCAGCAGUUCUCUCCACCGCUCACCUUCCCGGCACAGCCUGCGACCGACUUCCUGAAGGGCCUUCCCUUCCCCAACGCGCUCGCCUACGACUCGUUUGGCCAGCCCUGUGUUUACACUAACGACCAGAUCAUUCCCUUGGCCGCCUUCGACACGUUCAACUCAGCACUCCGGACCGCGAACAAUUGGAUGUAUCCCGUCAUGACUCCUGCUAACGGUACCGUCAACCACGGUGGCAACGCCAACCAUCUCACCGUGCCCGCCUUCGCCAUGCCCGGCAGUCGCAACGGCUCCUCCACCAAUCUCGGCAUGGGCGCCCAGCCCGACUCGCUCCUCGAGCUCCCCCGUCUCAAGAAGGAGAUGGCCACCAAGCAGGCUGAGCACCGCUACUUGGAGCAGACCCAGGUUCUCGAGCGGGAUCUGCACACCGAGGAUUGGAACAGUAAUCUUGUCACCAAGAAGAAGCUUCUCGUCACUGAGAUCGACCAGCUCCGACGACAGAUCAAGGCCCUCGAGGCCAAGCCGAUGCCUGCUAUGAGCCCCAACCACCGCGGCGGCUUCAACCCGCAGUAUCAGCAGCCGGCUCACUCGAACUACUCGCAGAUCGCGCUCCCCGUCAACCACAUGGGCGCGUCGCAGAACGGCAUGUUCAACUCCGCGACCAUGCUCUACCCCAACGGCUAUGUCGCACCAGGCAUGUCUACCGACCUGGUGCCAUAUUCUGUUCAUGGUGCUGCUCUGCCCAUCAACAAUGACGCGACCAACCACGCGAUUCAGAUGCAAGAGUCCCCGAAUCUGCCCAAUUCCGCCACUCGUCGAUCCCAUGCUGUCGAGAUCAAAGCUCCUCGCGAUGGCUUCAAGCAGCCUGUCACUCAGGGUUCCAGCCUUGAUCCGACGAGCCCGACUUACGAGCCAAAGGGCAACAAUCAAGCCGGCAACAACGGAAUGCAUGCGCCAUUCAUCCCACCCACUCCUUCACCGAUUCCGUCGCCAACCCCGCAUGAGGGUGUCUCGUCCAAGCACGCCUGGCUGUUUGAGAACAAAGAUUCUCCCGAGAAAUCAGGAGCCACUCGCAACAACUCCCAGCGCACCGUCCGACACAAGAACAGCGUCUCGAGCGUUACCACUGCGGAUUUCUUCCCCACAAAUACGCACGAGCACUCGUCUACUAGGAUGGCGCCCCUGACGUCUACCGAGAACUUGCAGGUAUCCGUGACGAAGAACGCUGGCCCGACCACUCCUGAAAAGAACUGGCCAAAUAGCCCAUGGAACAGCGGUGCUGGCAGCCGUGGAGAGAAGCCCCGAUCUGCUCUCUCAACCCAGGUCUCGCCUUUGACCAAUCGUGUAUCGUCCUUCAACCAAGACCUCAUGUUACAGGUCUCGAAUGCAGGUUCACAGCCCCCAAGCUACAUGGGCACUCCCAAUGCGUCUGUUCGCGCUUCCAAGGCCAUGGUCCCAGGCCAACUCAGUGCUCCUGUUAACUGGCCCACCCCACUCAAGUCGAAGCGCGGGAAGCACAUGUUGACUACCUAUCAGGAAGGCUACCAGGCUGGUCUGAUGCAUAAAGGCCUUCCAGACGUUCUAGAAGUUAUACAGGGGUACUCAGAAGGCCUCACAGAAGUUCUCCGGGAGCCGGUCGUUUUCCUUCGCGGAAUGGCUGUGCGAAAUGAAGGUAGCGACACCCAGGCCUCCAAGCGCUCGGCGAAAGAGAACACCGGCAGCGGCUUGACCCCACACGACUCAGCAGUAAGCUUGUCUUUCCCUUCCCAGCAACAGUUUGACCAGAAUGCUCGCUCGCAGGAGAAUGUUCGCAUGGGACCGCCGAGCGCCCUGUUCAGCCCUAACAAGAACAUCUGGGAGGAUCAACAGCCUUUCAACAACCGUACCAUGGAGUUCGUCAACAAGGUCAUUGAGUUUCAGAAGGUUGCAGAGCAGUCUCCGGGUCCCAAUACUUCCGCCGCAUUCUGCCAGAACGUCAUCGAGCUCCAGAAGCUGCAUCGGCGUGAAUCAGAGCGCGAGGCGCGUCUUGGACUGUCGCCUGUGACGAACGGCAGUGAUUCACUCGCCGAAUCGCAGUACGGCAAUGGUCACUCGAUGGCGCUGCAGCGUUCUCCCGCCGAGAACACGAAUCAUCACUCGCUUCCACGUGGAUUCCAGAUGGGCGCGUUCAACAAAACUGGCUCCUCUACCGGCCCUCAGCGUGUCUACCCGGGCCACUACGACUACGUUCCGCCAACUCCAGGCCACAACCCCGUUGGCACCAUUGGCGCUGGUCGUAGCAAGGACCAACGUGUUUCUGGUCUCGACGGAGCUAUGGACGAGCUCGCUGAGAUGAUUGAGCCGGUCACGAUCACGAGUGUCGACAAUGACAGUGCUGAGGCCUCCUGCUUCAGGUCCUCUUCCAAUAAGGCUGGCAAGCGGAAGUCUUCCUCUCCAACCAAGGGUCCUGCUUCUUCCAACAAGGCCAGCAGGCAGUCUCCCGCCAAGGCCGGUCUUGAGAAUGCCUUGAACCGGGUCCGCUCCCACAAGCAGGAGGACACCAAGGAGGAGAAGGCCAAGUGGCGCGAGGACUGGCGCAAGCGCUUCCGCCAGAUCAAGGCCAAGGAGGCCGAGGAGAUCGAGCAAUACAAGAAAGCUAAUCCGCUCUCGAACUAAGCAUCAACGGCACGGGAUGACUGCUUGCGGAACAAAAGUCUUACCUUACAUCGCUUCUCGCAACCUUUUCAUCUCGACGUCGACGACGCACCUUUGGAUGCUGGCGUAGCCAUUGCCUCUGGAAAUUCUCUUUUGG